AGUGAAACUUAUAAAUGCUUAUUGAUUGAUUAUGAAAGUUAUACACUUGGGAUAAGGAUCGACGAAUUGAAUCCAACAACGUGAACGGAUCUCAAUUUGGAGCAAGUUGAACUGAAAAGUAUAUUUUACCUAGACACGUUAUUUUAAAUUACAAAACAAAAACCCUAGGGUAUAUAUAGGAUCUUUCGCCUGCUUCGAUCGAAAUCGCCGUCGUCAUCCUCGCUCCACUUUCUUCUUCGAUUCGCAGACAUGGGUUACGAUGGAAAGGCGGAAGAGUCCAACCGGCGACGAUCUACAGAGGCGACGACGGGGAGCAUUCUGGGAACCUCGAACCAGCGAGCUCCGACGACGUCUGGCCAAAUCCGAGCAUCAACUCCAGCGAAUUCUUCUCUGGCAAAUCAGCAACGCGACAGCUCUCAAUCCAACGGCGAGUUCCGGCAGCGACGCCGAUCAAGCAGCAACGAUGACAGAUCCGGGCGGGCUUGGGCAGUGACGGGCUUGCUUGGGCAGCGAUACCCGACUGUGCGUGACGCCGUCUACCCUCCAUUCGGGUCAAGUUCUCUCUCUUACCAUCUAGGUGACCAUUCUCACACUAUGAAAGAAUCACUUUGUUCAUCGCGCUCCCCCUCAUCCAAGGUUUUUUGUCAAGUACACCAAAGCCUUCGGGUUACUGUCAUCAGCACCUCUGCCGACAAAAAACAAGAGGCAAUAGAACGUUUUGGUGUUGAUUCCUUCUUGAUCAGUUGUGACCCUGAAUAAAUGCAGGAAGAAAAUUGGUUGCAGGAA